CGCCGUUGUGUUCGAGUACUUCCGCUUUCUCAGUGACGUCCUUUCCGGUCGAAACUACCAACAUGGACGCCAGCCGCGUGCAGCCGAUCAAGAUCGCAAGAGUUACCAGGGUGCUUGGAAGAACUGGCUCCCAGGGACAAUGCACACAGGUUCGCGUCGAGUUCAUGGACGACAGCAACCGUUCCAUCAUCAGGAACGUGAAGGGGCCGGUCAGGGAAGGAGAUGUGCUGACGCUUCUGGAGUCCGAAAGAGAAGCCAGGAGGCUGCGAUAGAGCCCACUGAAAUUGCGGCGCCGAGUGGACGCUGUGGAGCAGAUGACUCUUUGAGUUUCACACGCCAUGGCUGACGUCUGGCUUGUUAAAUGCUUUUUCAAAUAAAUAUGCUCACUGAAAGAA